AUGGCCACCAAGGAGCGAUUACCUGUUUUUCCAUCAAGAGCUUCCCAACUGCAAAUGAAAGCCCGCCUGGCUAAUGCACAAAAAGGACAUAGUUUAUUACGAAAAAAAUCAGACGCAUUGCAAUUAAAAUACCGACAAAUUUUGAAAAAGUACAAAGAGCUCAAGGACGUUUCAGUUGGAGCCAUGAAAAAGGCCAUGUUCUCCCUUGCCGAAGCCAAGUUUACUGGAGUCGACUUCGGUCAGCUAAUUUUCCAAGAAGUGGACGAAGCCAAAGUCAAGGUUAGACUUAGACAAGAAAACAUAGCUGGAGUGAGCCUUUGUGUCCUGGACCUUCUCACGAAAUCCUCGGAUAUAUCUCUCGUGGGACUGGGACGAGGUGGACAGCAGAUAUCAAAUGUUCGGUUGCAGUUCUACACCGUGUUGCAGAUAUUCGUGAUGAUGGCACAAAUGCAAAGUGCAGUGAAGACACUUUCGGUUCACAUAAGACAGCUGAACCGAAGGAUCAAUUCAAUUCAGUACGUCAUCAUGCCCUGCAUUUUGCGGACAUUGGAUUAUAUUUCGACGGAAAUGGAUGAAUAUGAACGUGAGGAAUUUUAUCGAUUGAAAAAGAUCCAGCGCAGUAAAAGGCAUUCGUGGCUGAAUCGUUCACGACAGUCUCAAGUGAAAACUGGCGCUCGAAAUGAGCCAGUGCUAGGGGCGGCUGGGGAAGUGUCAAACGUUUGUUCGAUGGGUGUCGGGAGCGGUGAUGCAGGGACGGAUAGCAUUUUCCAGGAUGACGACGAUGAUAUUAUAUUUUGA